AAUAGUAAAUACGUUCGAUUUCUAUAAUCAGAAUAAAAUCGUCUGUUGGAAGAUGCACAUCGUCUGAAAAAGAAAUCAAAACAAGUAGGAUUAAAAUGUUUUUCUGCGCUAUUCUGUUCGUAUCGCUCAUCAACGUUGAAAUCGGUCAAGGUCAGAGGAAUGGACAGCAGAUGGAGGAGGUUUUUCGAUGGAAACAGAUGGGUUACGAAGGAUUACAAGGUUUGAAUUCACCCGAUUCAAUUACUUUUCCAUCCAACGAAAAUGAUACGGAUACAAUCUCGGAUUUUAAUGCUUACAACAACAUUCCAAUGGGAGUGGAGCAUUUCCAAGGAAAAUUAUUUGUCACAGUGCCACGACGUUUCCCUGGAGUGGCAUCAUCCUUAAAUUAUGUUGAUUUACCUCCAAAUUCUGUCAAUAAGAGCCCAUUGUUGAAACCUUUUCCAGAUGUCCAAACAAAUAAAUUGGAUGUGAAUUUGCAAGCUGAUUCUAGGAAAAUCGUGUCUGUGUACCGUACAAGACUUGAUGAGUGCAAUCGCCUGUGGUUUGUUGACACUGGUCUAUUGGAAUAUCCAGUUGGCAAUCUGACGCAAGUACAACCACCAUCAAUUUGGGUAAUGAAUCCGGAAACCGGCGCCACAUUACGCCGAUUUGAAUUUCCCGCAACGAUGGAGCAACGCGGAAACGGGGUCGCAUCAAUUACGGUUGACGUUAGUUCCAGAAAUUGCGAUGAUGCAUUUGCCUAUGUGCCAGACCUCUUUUAUAACAGAAUGUACGUUUAUAGUUACCGACAAAACAAGGCAUGGACAUUUGUUCAUAACUAUUUCAGGAUGGAUCCGUUUCAAGGUGAUUUCAAUGUGGUCGGCCUGCAAUAUCAAUGGGAUGAUGGCAUUUUCUCCAUAACUUUGGGUCCCCGACAAAAUGAUGGCUUUCGUGAUGUAUACUUCCAUCCAAUGAUUAGCAUUAAUGAGUUCGUUGUCUCCUCCAGAGUACUCCAAAACGAAGAAAAUGCUGAUCGAGUAUGGCACGGUGACGAUUUCCGAUUAUUGGGUAAUCGUGGACCUGGCACACAGUCAGCAAUGCAUCAACUCGAUCUGAGUACUGGCGUGAUGUUCUUCUCGGAAAUCGGAAGAAAUGCUAUUGGCUGCAUAAGUAGUGCAAAACCACUCAACAGUCAAAGUCAUGCAAUACUUGUGCAAGACAAUGAGCGAAUGGUUUAUCCAGCAGAUUUAAAGGUCGAUUCUGAAGGAACUUUAUGGGUUUUGAGCAACACCAUGCCACGAUAUAUUUAUUCGCAGCUGAACACAGCGGAAUUCAAUUUCAGGAUCUGGAGAGUAAGCGCACGAGAAUUGAUAAAAGGAACGGUAUGCGAUACGAAUGGCCCUCCAGAAAGUGGGAGAAUUGGAAAUAAUUAUCGUCACAGAAAUUCAAAACCACCAAAUAGAUUUUGAAUUGAUACCUAUUUUUUUUGACAAACUAUUGUAUAAACUUAAAUUUAUUAGAAUUAAAAUUUUUAAUUUUUAGAAUCCCA